AUGGCCCCGGAGAGUUCCGGGCCCCAUGGGAAAACGCCACAGGAACCUUCUGGACGUUUCCACAUCCCCCACAAGUGCCCAGUUUGCCCAGCGGGCCCCUUCGGGCCUUUCAGAAAAGGUCGCCUCAGCGUAACUACCUCUGAAACGGGCCAACCCCCUGGAAGCAAGGGAACCUUUUCCACCGGGGCACCCCACCAGUUCCCGUCCAAGGUGGGACCCCACCCCUUUACUUUUGUGUCAGGUAGCCCAAGGGGGCCCAAAAACAGGCUCGUCAGUUUGGCCACAUACCCCCGGAAACCCUCUGCACCUUUACUGCCCACCCCAAAUUUACGAGCCUCCCCCGGCCCCCCUUGA